GCAGUUAAUAAGUAACAGUCACUUCAGGUUCAAAGGUUCGGUCACACUGGGAACUGCGAAAACUUACUUCAGUGGCAGUUAAAGAAAACACUUGCUUAUUUGUAGCUGUGUUAUUAGUAGUUCUAGAGAAUCUGACAUGGGAAAGAAGCAGGCAGGUACAGGGCCACUGUCGAGGCGUCCGGAUAACUCGGCGUUUAAACAGCAGAGGUUACCCGCCUGGUCUCCAUCUCUCACGGCAAACACCGUGCUGCCUACCUUCUAUAUCCUCUCUCUCGUGUGCUUGUUACUGGGCAUAUGGCUCCUCAUCACUGUUGAGAACACACACGAACUGAAGGUGGACUACACCAAUGCUGGAACAUGUGAAGAAUGCUUCAAUUUGAGGAAGAGUCCCAACGACUCCACAACAGCCUGCACGUGCACAGUCAGCUUCCACGUACCGACAACCUUUCCGGGCGAUGUUUUCUUUUACUACGGUCUGAGGAACUUUCAUCAGAACCUGCGGAGGUACAUGGACUCCCGCGAUGAUGCACAGAUGGUGGGGAGGAAGAACAACCUGAAGACACCGAGUUCAUACUGCGCUCCCUUCGAUUACGAUGCAGACAGAAACCCCAUAGCCCCCUGCGGUGCCGUGGCCAACAGUAUGUUCAAUGACUCAUUAACAGUGAUGUAUAAUCUAAUGGAUGGGUCAAAAAUACAAGUCCCACUCUACAGGAAGGGCAUUGCUUGGUACACGGACAAAAACGUCAAGUUCCGUAACCCUUCAACCAACAACACAUUCCCUCUCCAACAAGCCUUUGAAGGCACGACUCGGCCCUUGUAUUGGCAGCGUCCGGUUUAUGAGCUGGAUGACACAGACUCCAACAACAAUGGCUUUAUAAAUGACGACCUGAUUGUUUGGAUGAGAGAGGCGGCCUUCCCUAAUUUCAAAAAGCUUUAUGGGGUUCUCAAUCGUGCUCAAGGGCCUUUCACUGAAGGCCUGCCUGCUGGCAACUACACCCUCUCUAUAAAUUACAAUUUUCCUGUCGAGCCCUUUAGAGGUCGGAAGGAGCUGGUGAUCUCGACGGUGACCUGGUUUGGUGGGCAGAAUUACUUCCUGCCCAUAGCAUACCUGGUCACCAGUGGACUGAUCUUGGUGACGGCUGUCGUACUCACAACGGUGUAUGUGAAAGUGGGCAAAAGGGGCAAGAACAUGGAGGAAUAGACCAAAAGAUGGAAAUGUCCAUCAGAAAACAAUGAUGAAAAAUUGCACUCGAGCCAUUAUUAAGCACACGAAAGCAGUACAAAUGUAUUAUUUAAUUUAACUUUAUAUUGGGUUUUCUAAUUUUGAGAAUAAAUUGAACAAAACCUAUUUGAUACGAUUGUAUAAUAAAAUAUAUAGUUGGAUAUAUAGUGAAAAAUAUUCAGUGAAAUCAUGUGCGCUAUUUGUCAAUUUGUACUAAAAUUGUUUUGCUUAAAAUAUACUUUGUAAUUGAAACAAACAAACCUGUAUAAAAGCAGAACAUUGCAAAACAGAAACAUUUUCACAAGUGGACUUUUGAACCCCACUGUACGCUACAUAUUUAUAUCCUGAUGACAUGUAAAAACUGGCCUGUAUUUCCAGACAGGAAAUGAGUAAUGGAUAAUUAUCAUUUCCAGCUGUCUUGAAUCAUUGCACUGGGGUCUUUUCUCACAUUUGACACAUUCUAAGUUUGGAAUAGCAUACUACUAAUUUAUGUAUGUUAUAUGUAUAUUGUGCAUAGUAUGCAAAUUUACUUUCUAUUGCACAUAACCAUAUGACUUAUGUGUAAAAUGUGCAGUAGACAAAGGGUACACUUGACUUGAUCUAGUUACAGUGAGAUGGAUGAGCCAACAGCAACUGUAUACUGUUUAAAAACAAUUUAUUAAAAUACAUUAUAUAUAAUAAUAGCAUAAAGUGCUAUAUAUGCA